UCUGGAUCCUUUCAAUCGCAGAAGCCCUUCAAAACGCGAUGGCGCGUCAAAGGCUAGUGUCCGGUGUGGUUCUCGGCUUGGUGGGUGCAACAUGCAUCAUGUCCUUGGGGACGCUCUUCGUGGGACCGCGCCCAGCAGGUUCUAGCUCCAAGGUGAUUCGAUACAACGUGGGGCUCCAUCCCUCGCAAAUGUUUCCGGGGGGUGCUGCCACAGCUACUGCCCCACCUCCCACACCAAUGAACAAUGCUGCGGGUAGAAAGCCCCGUAUGCCACCGAUCCCUAUGCCUUUCGGUGACGUCUCUGUUGACAUGACGAUGAUGCGUUUUAGCCACUUCGUGCCGAGGCUUUAUAACUUCUGCCGUGGUUUGGGCAUGACAAAAGGACGGAUCAUGCCCUCCAUUGGCUUCUGUGCGGAUGAGAACCAAGGCUUUCCGAUCAUUACCAUCACCAAGCAUUUCGGUGCUUACCCCUUCACCCACGGCUACAUAGGUGGGAUCAUGGCUCUGGAUCGUCAUGGCCCACACUCACAUCACGGAGAUGAUUUCGUGAUUAUUCAUGCACCUCAUGUCGGAUAUGACCCAGACAGCGAAAAGUAUGGCAUCUAUCGCCGCAGACAAAUGGCUGAUCCCCAUCACUCCAUGUCCACCUGCUGCGGAAAGGUGGCUGGUACUUUGGCACCUUACGUCGAUGCGUAUGAGAAAGCCCUCGGUAGGAUCAGCGUGCGCGAAGCAAAAGAUGGCGUGGUCUUGCUGAACAUCGGCAACUCGCUGCUUAACGAAGAAGAGGAUGACCUGGGUAUUGCCCUGAACUUCGAUCGUCUCCUGGAACCUGAAGCUUUGGAGAACCCUUUGCUGCUGCAGAGUACCUCUGUGGUCUACAUCGCUUCUAAGGAAUUCACGGACUUGUACCGGUCAAUCAAGACGCAGCCCUCGAAUGCGUCUCCCGGCGGCCAGGGCAGCCAGGUGCUGGGCGACCUGGACGCCAGCGGCGUAGCCUGGCGAUCUUUGAAGGAUCCAAGCCUCAAGCAGUUGCUGAACAAGGACUUCUUCUCCUUCAAGAAGACCGCGGACGAUCUGCCCGGUGAGGCCAACCGCUUUGAGAGAACUCUGGUGCCCCAUAUGCCCUUCAUUCUCACACAUCCCGCGGCUCCAGAGUUCACGGCUGCUUUGAUUAUUAUGCAAGCGGAGUUUGAUCGUGGUGUGCAUUCCAUCGUGACCUCCGAUGCUUACAAGAAUCGCAACUGCAUGCUGAUCUCUGGUCUCAACAUCGACGUUGCUCCCCCGGGCAAUGACUUGGAGGCGUUCCCGCAGACGAUGUUCUUGCCUUGGGCGGCCUAUGUGCAGCUGGAAGAUGGCUCCCAACGAGUUAUCGAGCAAGAUGCUCUGGUGUCGCUGUUACACAAGCAGCCACUGGAGAACAAGGACGCCCUCGAUGUGGAACGGGGCUUCGCUGCACUCUCUACCCAUCAGAUGAAGAGGAUUGUCUUCCACAACACUCGUGAUGACAAGAUGGAUGAAGUGCGGGUGGUCUGAGGGCGACCGGAUGUCAGCGGCGGAUCCAGGAGCGACACAUGGGCCUCCGGUGAAUCGAGCCAUGGUAAAACAUGGUAAAACCAUGGUAAAACCAAUAGAUACACA